UAGGUCCAGUAACGCAUUAACAGUUCAAUUGAUAAACACGUUUCUAACUAGUUUAUAAUAAUUAUAAACAAAUUGUUCGUGUUAUAGGACAUAAAGUUAGAACAAAAGUACAAUACACAGUGGGAACAAAGAAUUUGUGUGAUUUAUUGUAAAUUUAUUCAAUAUUUUUUGUGAUAUAUUACAUUGUGAUUAUAACGAACAUUAGUGAUUUAUUAAUAUUAAUAGAAGUUAAUUAAAUUAAUUUUUAAUAUAUAUAUAUAAAAUAUAAAGUCCCGUCUCUUCAUUUAGAAGAGGGCAUUUUCAAGAUUCGAGAAUGUUAAAAGCAUCAUUAAGUGAAGCCAUGAAGAUCGGAUUCAUUGGUGGCGGCAAAUUGGCCUUCGCUUUGGCUAAUGGAUUCAUUUCUGCUGGAUUGGCAAAACCCGAUGAAAUCACAGCCAGCUGUCAUCCAUCUGACGUGGCAAGCGCAGAAGCAUUUAAGGGUUUAGGUGCAACGGCUUUAUUUGAAAAUAAGCCAGUUGUGGAAAGAUCCGAAGUGGUGAUCGUGUCCGUGAAACCAGAUGUCGUGACACCAGCUCUCCUUGAGGUGAAGGAUCUAUCGUCUUCUAAGAACAAACUCUUCAUUUCUGUGGCCAUGGGUGUAUCCACUGCUACUAUAGAAAAGGCUCUACCAGCCGAAGCUAGGGUUAUCCGGGUAAUGCCAAACACACCAUCCCUAGUAAAGGAGGGCGCUGCAGCCCUGAGUAGAGGCUCAAGAGCUACUGCCGACGACGCCAAGCUGACAGCGGAGUUGUUCAGAGCGGUCGGUACCUGCGACGAGGUGCCUGAGUACCAGAUGGAUGCAGUCACUGCUUUGAGUGGCAGUGGGCCUGCUUACAUUUACAUGCUGAUAGAAUCUCUAGCUGACGGCGGUGUUAGAUGCGGGCUGCCCCGCGACCUGGCUCUACGACUGGCAGCACAGACCACCCUCGGCGCUGCGUCUAUGCUGAAGGCUGGAGGACACCCGGCAGUGUUGAAGGACAACGUCACCAGCCCCGCUGGGUCUACUGCGGAAGGCACAUACCAUUUGGAACAGAAUGGUUUCCGAGCGGCCGUCAUCGGCGCAGUGAAGGCGGCUGCGGAUAGAUGUAAAGUCGUUAAUCAACAAUUAAACAAAUAGGAAACACUAAUAAAUGUUAUUGUACAUAAUAUUACGAUAAACUAUACUGUAAUUAUGUUGUAAAUGUUGUAAUACAUUUUAUUUUUAUAA